GACGACGACGACGACGUCAGGCGACGUCGACGACGUUCUCCGUCGCGUACCCCGCGCUACCGUUACCCACUCCGCUCGUAACUGUAUCUGGACUUAAUUAUUGGGGCUGCCAAAUAACACCACGGGCGAUUGUAUAAAAUCAUAAAGCAACCCCAAUAAUUGGAAAAUGUCCGGAUUCGCAGCGGCGGGUCUCGUAGCUUUCGACUCCUUCAAGACGAAAGCAUCACAGAAAUUAUCCGGAUUCAAAAAAACUACCACCGGUUACGAGGAGUUCGAAGCUUCGUGCGAGGGUAGCAAAGACAAUAAGGCAUUCGAGGAUGAAAGGGGUUACAGCACGCAGCCUUCGUUCGAGUCGCUUCCGGAGCCGGAGAGACCACCAUUGCGGCAUAUCGAUACUUAUUGCAUGCCAGAAUGUCCAUGUCUUUCAAAGAGGUACACCAUCGCAACGUUAGCUUGCAUGGGAUUCAUUAUUUCGUUUGGUAUGAGAUGUAACAUGGGCAUGGCCAAGCUUGUCAUGAAAAACAGCACGGAAGGCGAGAAUCACACUGUCAAGUUUAACUGGACGGUCGGUAUGGAAAGCGCCCUUGAUUCGUCAUUCUUCUGGGGUUACCUGUUAACGCAAGUGCCCGGUGGUUUUCUCGCGUCGUUAUACCCUGCUAACAGAAUAUUCGGCAUGGCCAUCGCAAUAUCUGCCUUUUUGAAUUUGUUAGUACCUGGUGCAUUGAAGAUCGACCCUAUCAUUGAUAUGUGUGUCCAAGUACUGAAAGGACUGGUUGAGGGCGUCACGUAUCCAGCAUGUCAUGGUAUUUGGAAAUAUUGGGCACCUCCUCUAGAGAGAUCGCGUUUGGCCACAUUAGCGUUUUGUGGAUCUUAUGCCGCAAUGGUGAUAGGUAUGCCGCUUUCUGGAUACCUGAGUUCCUGGUUUGGCUGGACAGCAUCGUUUUACUUCUACGGUGUCUGUGGUUUAAUUUGGUAUGGUUUCUGGUUGUGGUUGGCCUUUGAAAAACCAUCCAAACACCCCUGUAUCUCGGCUCGCGAGUUACGUUACAUCGAAGAUUCGCUCGGACAAGGGCAAACGCAAGCACCCGUGCCCACGCUGUCGACAACUCCUUGGCGCAAGUUUCUCACCUCAAUGCCCGUAUACGCCAUCAUUGUCGCUAACUUCUGUAGAUCGUGGAACUUUUAUCUUCUGGUACUCUUCCAACCACGUUUCAUGCACGAGUCUUUUGGUAUGCCGCUUGUCGAGACCGGAGUUAUUGGGUCGCUUCCACACCUGUUGAUGACGAUGAUUGUUCCUUGCGGCGGAUUGUUGGCGGAUCAUCUCCGUAAACGUGGCAUCAUGACGACAACAAAUGUCAGGAAGGUUUUCAACUGUGGUGGUUUCGGUAUGGAAGCGCUUUUUUUCCUAGUGGUGGCCCAUGCGACAACAUCUAAGAAUGGAACCGCGGCUACGGUCGCUCUCGCGAUCGGCGUCGCGUGCAGUGGUUUCGCCAUCUCUGGUUUCAACGUCAAUCACCUGGACAUCGCACCAAGAUACGCUAGUAUUUUAAUGGGCAUGUCUAAUGGGAUUGGUACCAUCGCUGGUCUGUUGGUUCCUUUCUUCGUGGACAAUAUCACUGAAAAGAAGGACCCACAUAGCUGGCGAAACGUUUUCAUCAUAGCUGCAUGUGUACACAUUUUCGGAGUGGCGUUCUACGGCAUUUUCUGCUCCGGCGAGUUGCAACCUUGGGCCGAUCCCACCUUGGAAGAACAAAAGAGUUGGAAUCCCAUGGAUGAAUUCGGCCAGACAAAACCUCCCGUUCCACCUCCGCCGAGAACGAUGCAAUCCGAAUUCAUAAAACAACCGUCCCGAGACGGAACCGACGACUGGAAUACUUACGAGCAGCCACCAGCUGAAAAUCACCUGUACGCCCGACAGGACAGUAAGGGUCCCGUGAUAAACUACGGCUCGACAGAGACCAACAGUAACAAUCCAUUUCACUCAACAAAUCCAUUCGCCACCGACGUUAACGCGUCUUUCGUACAACCACCGGCAACGGACGACUACACGCACGACGUCGUGCACAAUCAGCAGUGGAACUGAGAAUGGUCGAUCACCGGGUAGAAUAAUUGGAUACGAGAAAAGCAGACUGCUUUCCCGAGGUUGUAGAUCAUUCGUAUUAUUAGCUGUCAAUCCUAUGCUGGUUCUUCAGACAUGCCACAUCUUCAUUAACAAAGCUCGCGGUACUGAGACUAGUAAAGAUCAAAUUUGAUAGUGCGCAAAUAAUGUUAUUUCUCCUAAAAGAAUUAAGUCGUAAGAAUCAUUCUUUUUUUUCUUGAAACAAAAUUAAUUUUAAAGAAAAUAUUGGCAAUUUAAUUAAAUUUUAAAUAAUAUUAAAUUGAUCUUUAAAUUUCAUUUUUUAAUUUCAAGUCAUACGAUAUCUUCUUGUUAAGAUAUCUUCUCAUUUCAAUUAAAUUGAGCAAUCAAAAUAAAAAUAAUCUUGUUAUAAUAUAAAAUUACGAUAUUUCGAAAAAAUUUUAAGGUAAAAUUGUUCAUCACUUGAUUUUAAUGGUGGCAUGUGUGAAAGCCAUAUGUAAAUAAGAUUUCAAGAACGUGUUUUGGAUUUUACGAAUCAAGAUACAGAUGAUGAAAUGUUGAAAGUAUAUUUCUAAAUUUCAUAUGCAAAAUCCUCGACAAAUAUCGAAAGAGAGGAAAGAAGAUAUAAUUUUUUUGUUGAGCGUAAUACCUAAGAGUGCAGAGAAUGGCGCUGUGAAUAGUCACGCGAAUAACUUGAAAUAAUACAAGCAGGGUUUCGCUAUGCUGUUAAAUUAGCGACAGAUAAACUGCUAGUUAUUUACCUUAUCAAAAAUACGCAUUCACGAUACAGCGGUAUGUGAUAAACGAUAGAAAGUGAAAGUACACAUGCACUCCGUUCAUAUAAAAAAAAAACAUUAAUAAAUCACUCGCUGCAAACGUGCCUAAAAUGGAUCUAAAGAUUGUUUUUCUGGUUUAAAAAAUUUAACCGGGAAAACGUUCUAUCUUCACUUUUCGUUUGUCUUCGUAUACUUUUAUUCUUAAAAGUAAAACAGAGACAGCUAAUUGAACAGAGACGCUUAAAAAUGUAUUUUAUGUAAUAUGUAAUUAGUAACGCUUGAAUUUUCUGAAUAUCUUUUAAACAUUUAGAGACUGAAGCGUAUUAUUAAGUCACAGUUUGCACAUUGCAACGCGAUAAUCGACUAUUUUAACUCUAUUUGGGAUAGUAAAAGAAGAAUACUCCCUUAAUUUAUAAAAAGCGUGAAUAACUCUAAGAAAUUCUUCAACUUUAUAAAAUUGCGAAAUGUUCUUAUUAGGAUAUAUCAUAUCUACAUGCAAUAUUGGCAAUAUUGAUUUCUUGUAUAAAAAUAGUAUUACAAGAUGCCACUUAUCAGCGACGCGAUCCAAAUAUGUCUUACAAUUAGAUGACAAUAAUUCAAACCUUCGCGAGACAAUAAUUCUCUUCGUGGACAAUAAUUAAAGGCGAGGUUUGAGAACAUGGUAAUCGUCAGAGAUCUUGGUGCGCGCGACAUAGCUCAAUCGCUGAAACUUUUAGGUAUUUCCAAUUCUCUGCGCGUGACGUGUUUAGUUAUUUACGCGAAAUAAUAGAAACAUAGCAAUAAAGGAGGAAAGUUACGCGAAUCAAUAUAAUGAAUGACGUAAAUCGCUUGUCGAAAGUGAAGUCACACACAAAGAUACGCGACAUCUUUACGCACACGCAGUUACAGUACAAUUCGAUCCACGAUUACGACGAUCCAUACGACGUAGAUAUUCGGGAAAUACACCCAUUAGACACACGUAUCUAAUUUCGAAAAUUCUCUAAGUAUUUCUUAACUUUCUGGUAUGGUAUAAUAUAAUUUUCAAAUUGGAUAAAACUGAGAAAAAGAGAGUUACAAGAUGAAAUCUGGCAACAUUAACGAAAAUUUAGAAAUUUUGACAAGUUAUCUCGACAUCGAAGUAAUAUACCUAUAAACAUUGCCAAAAUAUUUAUGUUAUACGUAUACAUAGAUGUCAUGUAAAGUGAAUGAA